AUGAGACUUGUGGUGAAAUUAAGGAUGAAUGUGUGCGAUGGUCGCUGCUGUGACGGCUGGAGCUGGUCCCUGAGAACCAGAGGAUGCAGUAAGCCUCGGUGUUUUCCUCGGUGCCUAAACGCCGGCAUGUGCCGCGCUCCAAACCGUUGUGUGUGUGCGCCCGGUUUUUACGGCAAACGCUGCCAGGUCUCCACGGUGACGGUGCUGUAUGCAGCAACGUCCAAUCAGAACUCAGAGGUCGGCGAGGUCAUCAGGAACAAGGACAACAGGCCACGGUCAGUGAGGAACUAA